AUGGAUGAAUUGGAGGAGCGAGUGAAGGUGCUGACAAAGCGCUUAGAUCAGCAAACUGGCCCGGGCACAAAAACUAAAGUGGUGGUGGUCCCCAGAGAACGAGGUGCGAAGCUGUCAGGGCGACCUCGUACCGAUAAGGACCCUGAGGUCAUCGAAUGGGCAGAGGAUAUGCGGCGCAUGACCAGUGACCUGACCGAAACAGAAGGCGUCCAGUUCAUUCUAGACCACCUUGAGGGGGCAGCAAAGGACGAGGUGCGGCUCUGCCCUGCUGCUGACAGAGACACGCCAGACAAGAUAUUAAAGCAAGUCGUGAAGACCCUCUGCCCCCAGGAUACCCCAUCGUCCCGCUGGGGGGAGUUCUACGCAAGAGUGCAGCGAGGCGGGGAGUCAGUCCAGGAUUUCUCUCUGCAGCUGAUGAAGCUCCUGCGGCGGGUGGCUCUAGUUUCCCUGACCGAUGGCAUAAAUGACCAGGAUGCCGUCCUGUGUGAGCGUUUUGCAGCUGGCUUAGCUGACCCUACACUGCGGAGGGAGGUCCGACGGGUCAUACAGGAAAACCCCGGCAUGGAGUUUUCAGAGCUCCGUAGCAAGGUGAUAUCAUGGGAGAGUCCAUCCACCACAGCUGUGACGAGGGCGGCUAAGGCCUCGGAAAGUGCCUUGCAAGCCCAGCUCGACCGCCAAGGAGGCCAGAUACUCGCUACGCAGGAGGCAGUGACCAGGCUGUGUGAGCAGGUGUCGUUGCUGUUGUCACACCAGAAUGCUGCUACAGCAAGACCAAGCAGACCGAGCCGGGGACCAGUGAAGUGCUUCAACUGUGAUGGUACAGGCCAUUUCGCAAGUCAGUGUCCUAGCCCCAAGAGGAGACAACAACCAGCGCAGGCAACGGAUCGCUGGGCUGAUGCACCCCUAUUCUAUCCAUCCCCAAAGGACAACGAAGACCGCCCCCCUCAACCAAAGAUGUCCCCAAAAGCCAGCCCUCCAUCGUAA